AUUUUAUGUGGGAUUGAUAUUGCUAAUGCAGAACUCAACAUAAGUUGUUGUGAAAGCAUUGUAUAAUGAUUUGAUAGUGGUACUUUCGUAGUACCGCCUUUCUGGCCUCCACAGGGUUCAGGAAGGAGUGUUAUUGAUCAGUUUAAGCUUUUCCGGAAGGAAAGAAAAGCUAUCGGGUGCCCUUCGUUUUUGUGGGUUCCUGCUUAUUUAUCUAUCCAGAUUUCAUGUUUUUUCUUGUGGAUAACUAGCAUAAGAAGAAUGUCACUUGCUGAUCAUCCUGGAUUUGAUUCGGGUGGAGCUUUAUGGUUUCAAGAUUUGACUGAAAUUCCCAAUGGUCUUUAUGGUCCACUCUUCCCCUUUUUAAUUGCUGGUUUGCAUUACACAAACACGCAGAUAACUUUUACAGCAUCUUCAGUUCACAAAGUUGAUAAAUUCGCUGAAUUGGCAAAAGCUUACAAGACAUUUCUGAAUCUUUUGACAGUUGGUCUUUAUUUCCUUUCAUUCCAAAUGCCUCAGGGAAGUCUGCUCUACUGGGCUACCAAUUUGUCAUUCAGCAUAGCUCAGCAAUCAAUCCUCAACCAUCCUGUUGUAAGUGCUAAGUUGGGUCUACAAGGAAACGACACUCUUCAGAAAGAGGCUGGGAAUCCUAUAUUGACAAACAUUAAUGAACCGCAACUCUCUGAUUCAUCCUCGAAAGGACGCAUGAUCUCAGUGCAUAAUUUAACCCCUAAAGAGUUGGUUGCUCUUUCUGCCAAAUACUUGUCAGGAGGGCACAAAGAAAAAUCAAUUCCGCUAUUAAGAUUGGCAUUAGAAAAGGAUCCUGAAUAUCUUCAAGCUAUGGUUAUUCUUGGCCAGGCUUUAUAUCAGAAAGACCAGUUCGCUGAAGCUGCAAAAUACUUAGAGGAGGCUGCUUCAAUGCUUCUUGAUGCUUGUCCAACAGAACUUGCAGAAGUUGAUCUUUUAAUUGUUGCAUCUCAAUGGGCAGGUGUAUCCAAUAUUCGACAGGGAAAGACAUCAGAAGGAAUCACACACCUUGAAAGAGUAGCAAACAUGGAAGAGCCUGAAGAUCCCAAGAGCAAAGCUCAUUACUUGGACGCAUUGGUUCUCUACUCAAGUGCUAUAUUUAACGAAGGAAGGAGAGAUGAAGCUGCAAAGUAUUUGAGAAGAGUGGUGGCUUAUGAUCCAUCCUUCAGUGAAUUGCUGAAACAAUGCGAAGAAGAUGAUACCGAUACCAUUCCCACUUCUUCUUCAUCUAAUUCUACCCACAAAACUUCAUAAUUUUUUUUGUUUCUGUUGUUUUCUUUCCUUAAACUUUACUGAUUUUAUUUUGGGAGUUGGACCAUUAAAAUCGAUUUUUUUUUAUAGAUAAAUAAGAAUAUGGAUAGCUUAUUAUCUUCUAUUCUAUUCAAAAUCAGUAUGUGUAUUACAGUGUA